UGCACACCCACGCUAUUGGUUACCCCACCGUGUCGCCGAAGUCCGCUUUCCGUGCACAAUGCCUUUGUUCGACUCCUUGUUCUCUAAAAGCCCUCCCCCGACGAGCUCCAUUGGCGCCGUGGGAGCUUCGGUUGGAGCAGCUGUAGGCGCUGCUACACAGCGCGUGAAGCUUCCUGGGUUCGGCAGACAUCUGCUCCGUGGCAUGCAAGCACAUCAAUUCUAUAUCAUCGUUGGGGCUGCAUCUAUUAGCAGUCUACUUCUCUUGCGAUCUGUCGCCGGAUCUUCGCACUCGAGGACUCUCAAGCCUAUUCCAUCGCCUCGCGAAGUUCUCCCCCCGGAAGUCUUGAGGGCAUCGCCGUAUCCCCCCGAUGCAUUGGAUGGUGCACGGGAUGUAGAAACACCGUAUGGCAGCAUUCGUGUCUAUGAGUGGGGGCCAAAGGAUGGAAAACGUGUGCUGCUCAUCCAUGGGAUGUCGACACCAAGCGUUGCACUAAGCGAUCUGGCACAUAAGCUCGUCAAGAAAGGUUGUCGCGUCAUGGUGUUCGAUCUAUUCGGUCGUGGGUACUCUUCUGCUCCAGACCCAAGGGUUUAUCGCUAUGACUCCGCCCUUUACAUAGCCCAGAUCUCGAUGGCUCUACAAUCUUCUCCAAUAGGCUGGUCUUCCUUUGCGAUCGUAGGCUAUUCACUUGGCGGUGCUAUUGCCGCUGAUUUUGCCUCUUACUUCCCUAACCUGGUCCGUGGACUCGUUCUCGUCGCACCGGGAGGACUGAUCCGCACGAACCAUAUUGGAUGGCUAAGCAAAUUCAUCUACUCCCCGGGCGGUAUUCUUCCCGAGUUUUUCGUCAACAGACUUGUGUCAAGCAAACUGCACAAGAACCCUGAGCUCGCAAGCACUAUCGAGCCAGACGCGCAGGCCGUCGAAACUGGAGUAAGGUUCAAUGGAGUGAGCCUUUCCGAGAGUCACGGCUCGGUUGCUGAGGUCUUGGACUGGCAGCUACAAUACCACAAGGGAUUCAUACCUGCUUUCAUUUCAACCAUGCGGUAUGCUCCACUCCACAAUCAGCAUGAUCGGUGGGGCGUCAUUAGAGAGAACAUCGAAAGAAAACAAGGACGUCUCAAGGAAGUUUGGUUUGUGCUAGGUGAGAUGGACCCAGUUGUUGUCGCAGAAGAGCUUAUGGAAGACGCGAAGAACGUAUUAGGUGAAGAGCUUGCGAGAUUCAGGUUGGUCAAAGGUGUUGGCCACGAGGUCGCGACCGAGCGCGCGGAUGAAAUCGUCAGAGUCGUCAGCAGGGUCCUUUGAAUAAGUAGUAAGUAAAUUGCGAACGUAUAUCUACAAUAGACCAUCGAUUUCAACU